UAAAAGUAUCAUUUUACACUCCAUCGUACACAUAUCAUUUUUUAUGAACCCAACGUGCUUCAGCGAUCUCAGCAAAACAAUAUGGCGUGCAACUCAGCAGCUUGCAAGUCCGGGUGCGACGCCUACAGCGAAGAUGGAGAGAAAGAACACCAGAGUCGGCCGACGACUGAUUGUAACGGAGACGCGCCGGUUUCAAACAGCACCGAGCCGUCUCGCAACCGCAUCUGCGUAAAAUGUAAAAUUAAUGAAACAAUCGCUGCAAGUGGCGUUGGCGCAGGUAUUAGAGGAGAUGGGGGUAGGUUCUGUGCUGAUUGUUUCAAAAGUAAUCUAUAUUGGAAGUUCAGGUUUUCUGUUACCUCCAAUGAUAUGAUCUCGCCUGCCGAUAACGUCCUUGUAGCCUUCUCCGGCGGCCCCUCUUCCAGAGUGGCUCUUCACUUUGUAAGUGAGAUGCAGGAUAAAGCUCAGAAGAACUUUGAAGCCAGUAGGGACCGAGCAUUACCCGUUUUUGGUGUUGGGGUUGCCUUUGUUGAUGAACAAUCAGUCUCGGCAAUCCCUCAUCACGAAUUUGAUAAAGCAAUUGAACAUAUGAAACUGAUCAUUUCAAAUCUUCCCCCACCACUGAAACAGUUCCAUGUUGUCCCUACUGAGUCUGUUUACUCAUUAAAACCUGCUGAUGGAAGAGAGCGGCUGAAAAAGUUGAUUGAUGUCAUUACUGAUACGACAGGAAAAGAAGAUCUCUUGGAGCAUAUGCGUAUGUUGGCCUUGCAAAAGAUUGCUAUUGAAAAUGGAUAUACCAAAAUUGUGCUAGGAAAGUGCACAUCAAGGAUUGCUUGUCAUGUGCUUGAAGCAACUGUCAAGGGAAAAGGUUACUCUUUAGCUGCGGAUAUCCAGUAUGUUGAUGCAAGGUGGGAAGUUCCAGUACUGUCCCCCCUACGCGAUUGCUUUUCUCAUGAGAUAGAUUUGCUGUGCUGCCUGGAAAGUAAUACAUUUUGGCAGGGCAGUUUAAAGACAGUGGAAUUGUUUGACCGUCCACGUUCAGGCAUCAAUGGUCUAGUCUCCUCAUUUGUGAAAUUAUUGCAGGAGGAGAAUUUGUCCAGAGAGAGCACGAUUGUAAGAACGGCCGGAAAGCUUACCCCUUUUCAUUUCAAUAGGAUUCCAGAAGAUGAUAAAUGUUAUGGUCCAACAGCAUCUCAGAGGAGACGGAAGAAACAAAAUCUCAAAACAGAUCCUUUGCUUUCGCAAGAGUCAUUCUGUCCUAUUUGCAAUAGCCCAGUCAAAAUGUCUGACAUAGUAAAUAUGGCACGUUCUGAAAAUGUUCAAACCAGUAUGGAUCUUGUGGAGUUAUGUUGCCUGAGUUGCCGGUUUCAGAUUUUACCUGCAGAGAUCUCAUCUACGAACGCUUUUUAUUCACUCCUACCAGAUCCAAUAAUUUCUCGAGCAAAAGAUGCGAGGUCUAUCAAUCAAAGCCUCCUGCUAAGAGAGCAAAUAGAGGACUGCUUGCUAUCAGACACUGAAGAUGAGACCUAGACAUGUGUAUGCAAUUUAUUGUCUACAAAGAAUCUGGCAUGAAGUCAUAGACCAGUUUAAGUGGAAAAUUUAGUGUUCAUCCCAAAGAGAUUUGGAAAAGUUAAUCUGUGUUUCUAAUUUAUUUUUCCUAAUUUUGGAUGUGUUAUUACUUUCUAGCAAUUUUUGUGUUAGAUGUAUGCUUACCUCACUUUGCAAGGUUGACUACUGACUACAUGUUCGUGUUAGUAAAAGAAAAAAAUGUUGUGACUAAUUUUACUUUAAGAAGUUUAAUGG